UUUUCCACUUUUUUUUUUCAUAGUAAAAUAUACGACCCUCUACGAUAUACUCAUUAUAUACCAUUCCUAGCACGACGCAGAAAAACAAAAUUUAUUCAUUGAAAUGUCAUCCCGUUUAGCAAAGCAAUCGUUGGAUUUAUUAGCAGGCACUGGUUCCUUCAAAAAACUAGCGUCUGCAAAUAAUUCAACAGCAACAUCCUCUAUAGAAAAGAAAGAUCGAAAGGAUAAACUAAAACUACCAAAGACCAACAGAGGCAUUAAGAAAAUCAAAUACGAAAUGCGAUACGGCAGACAUAAAAAAGCAAAAGAACUACAACAGGAAAAGCAAAAACGAGAAAAUCCCAUAGAUAAACUUCAUGAGGAAGCAUUAACAGCUGAGGAACAGUUGAAGUGGAAUGUACAGCUAAUGAAACACGCACUAAGGUCGACUGAUUUAGAGAGAAAAAUCCACAAAAAGGUGAUGAAGCAGUUAGAUACCAAACGAACGAAGAAAUGGAGUAACAAAGUUAGCGAUUCCGAAAAUGACACUGAUUCUGAUUAGAUCUAUUAAAUUGAAUAAAAAGUCGGAACU